AUUAUUUUUUUCAUGAACGCCCAGGCGCGAAUUGCAGCGCGGGAAAAGUUUUAGAGGCUUAGCCGCUUUGUAUUUACAGUCUGAAGGGACUGUUCUGGGAGCGUGGAAGCAGAAAGUAAAAGUUUAUCAUUUUGUAGCGCAUGUUCAUUUUGGAAACGCAGUGUAUAGUGGUUCAUAUUUAAUCAACCAUAUUUUGCUUUAAACUAUUAAAAAAAGGUUAUUCUGGAUUCAUACAGAAAGGGGAACAGGAAGAAUAUUUAAAUUAUACAGUAGUAAGUUUAAUGUAGCUUUUAUAUUAAAUAAAGUGUAUAUCGGAUAUACUUUGAGAAUUAUACCUUUUAGGUUAUUUUUUAAAAAUCUUUUUCCUAAAAUAAUGGCUGACAGCAAACAGCCCCAGAUGAUUUUUUGCAACGAUUCUCCAAAAAGAGUGUUGGUGUCUGUCAUUAAAACUACUCCGAUUAAACCGAAGAAGAUUGAGACCCUCAUGCCGACGAGCCCAGGAUUCAGCGACUUCAUGGUCUAUCCGUGGAGAUGGGGAGAAAACGCCCAUAAUGUUACUCUGAGCCCAGGACCUGUUAACGGAGCUGCAUCUCCUACAGGGAGCAAGACUGGAGGCGAGGGGGACCCCGCUGUCAACCCAGACUACUUAAAGGAUGGGAUUCGACGCGGGCGCCCGAGGGCUGAGACUGUUCGAGAGCUGAUAAAUGAAGGAGAGAGCUCUUCCAGCCACAUCCGCUGUAACAUCUGCAACAGGGUGUUUCCCAGGGAGAAAUCCCUGCAGGCCCACAAGAGAACGCACACAGGUGAAAGACCUUACCUGUGUGACUACCCGGACUGUGGCAAGGCCUUCGUUCAGAGCGGACAGCUGAAAACUCACCAGCGGCUGCACACUGGGGAGAAGCCUUUUGUUUGCUCAGAAAACGGUUGUGGAAACAGAUUUACACAUGCAAACCGCCACUGCCCAAAGCAUCCCUAUGCCAGGCUGAAGAGAGAGGAACCGGCUGGAGGGCAGGGUAAAUCUCAGGCUGCUGACAACAAGGCAGUUGCUGAGUGGCUUGCAAAGUACUGGCAGACCAGAGAACAGCGCACUCCCAACCCUAAGGGAAAGGGGCUACAGAAGGCAGAUCAAGAGCAACAGGACCCACUGGCGUUCCUGCAGUCAGAGGAGGAUGAGGAGGAAAUGGAGGCGGUGGAGGAGAAGAGUGGGGCAGCACGCCGCCGCCUGCAAGAGCAGCGGGAGCGACUGCAUGGGGCGCUGGCUCUCAUCGAGCUCGCUAACCUGUCUUCCUCCCAACUCCGCCCCUAAACGGCACUGCCCAGGGCAGCAAUCUUCACCUGUGCCCCACUGCGAUCCCUAAGCCAAUAGCUCGUGGGGGGGCAGAAGCUAAAGCACCUUAUUUUGCUUACAUUAGGCUGCUAUUAUGUAGAAUAUUAUGAUAUGAAGAAUGUUGUGGUCUCCUGCACUUAAAUAAGGUGGAGAUGACGUAUGUUUUUUUUUUUUUUUUUUGGUUUGUUUUGCACUUUUGGUAAAGAAUGAUGUAAAGUACGAGUUUAUUGUAAAUAUAUGGGUUUAACUAUGAUGGACUGCGCAAUGCAGGGAGCAUACUGGAAAAUACAGUAUGGAGGCCUAGCCAUGGCUUUUGCAAGCCUAAUGCAAAUCACCUACAGCAAUUCAUAAAUCAAGCACAAAUUAAGGAAAUGUCUUUUACAUUAAAAGACAAUAACCUAGAAUAAUCCCAUUGUGAAUCCCAUGUUUGUUUCACUUCUGAGAUUGAUCCUGCCCUCUACCCAGACUACACCCAGACUUCCAUCUGGAUGUGACCUGAGGUAGAAAUAAAAAGAAAAGUGAAUUGCCUCUCUAGCUUUUAACCUCUAAGCCACAAAGCCUAAACACGUAAAAGCACUUCCUGUUGAUCCAGACAGCACAUUUUUAACCUUAUUUAUUAUUAAUUUUCUGCUGUGUGAUCACAGAGUGCUUAAAUAAAAUACAAAUAAGAAGAGUGAAGGUUAAGGGUAAUGUAAUUUACUUUUUGUUUUUUUAUAAAAAAAUAAAUAAAAAAAACAUGUUUUACUGAAAUUUGGAUGUUGCCCAAGAUUCAGAUUCAUGCCUUAUUAUUCCUUAAAGUCCUGUUGCCCAAGGGUCAGGCAAGAAAUAAACAUUAUUUUAUUUUUUAUAAAUGUUUCCUUUGAGUUUCAGCACUGAAUCAUUUAUAUUUGAAAAUCAGGCCUCAAUUAAAACCAAUUAUUGGAACCCUUGCAUGUUGCUAAUUGACUUUUAAAAUUCUUUACCGACUCAUUUAUGUUAAAUGACCUUAUUUACAUAUUUUAAUGUAUAUUCAAAAUAUAUUAGUAAAUUAAGAAAUGCAUUUAGGGUGACCUACUGAACCACGUCCUUUAUAAUUUAAUUAAUUAUCCUUGCACUUGUGUUUUAAAGUUUCUCCACUGAGCACCUUAUUCCAUUUUACAAUCCCUUAAUGUUUUUAGUUUUGUUUUUUUUGUUUUUUGUUGUGUGUGCAACAGUCCAACAGGUUUGACAGGUAAGCCCUGUAUACUGCUGGCCAAGCAUUUUAUAACCAUUUUUUAAGCCAGUUUAAAGAGAACAUUUAAAGCGAUUUUAUGGUUUUAAAUAACUUCUGAUUAAGUUGUAAUGCUUCCUAAAAAAUGAAUGCCCAAAAUAAAAUUUAUUCAAAAAAAAUAUACUAUUUCAUAAUCAAAAGGAAAAUGCCUCCCAAUUAACUUGGUUACACAGUUACUUGUGUAAUGUGAACGCAUUUAAACUAGGCCUUUAUAGUGACUCAGAGCUUGAAGCUUACCUACUGUUAAUCCGUAUUCUGAAGCACUUGCCUUCACCAGCACUUUGCAAGAAAGCCCUUUUUAUUUGAAUUGUUACACCAGAGGGGGAAUGUUCUCAUCAGCAUUUCUGUAGCAGGGGGAUUAGGCUUGCAAAGUCAAUGUGCUAGGAUGGAAACAUUGAGUAUGAACCCUAUAAUGAGAAAUGGCACUUGUUUAUACUGUUGAUAAUAAAGGGUAUUGUUUGGUGAUGGUGUUUAGUUGUCUGAAAUUUUAGGAACUUUUUGUUUGCAACACUAAAUAGUUUGCUUUGUAGUAUAAGUAGAGAAGGCCUAUUUUAAAUUAGGCUUUUAUAUGUAUACCAUAAAGCUACUGCUUUUGUUGAAAUAUUCCGAUUUGUGGCCAUCUAUUUAAAAUGUUUUGCUUUUGUAUGAGAACUGCAUUUGAAGUUCAGCACUAUUAUAUGGCAUGGAUUUGUUUUUUAAACACUUGGCAUUACGGUACAUAAAGUUUAAUCUCGCAAAGAAAAACUUUCAAGCAAAAAGUGUUAUCUUGUUCUGGUACUGUAAAGCCAUAAAUAUUUGCAACCAAAAUAUUUGGCGAAUCACACCCAUAAAACCUGUUUUGCUCCAGAAAUGUGGCAACCUGUUGCAGUAUGCAAAGUAUGUAUUGUUAGUGGAAUUUGAUAUUCGUGCCAAAAAUGUUUGCGUUUUUUUUUUUUUUUCAUAUGUGAAAAACGCAAUAAAAGGCUCGCAGAUAUUUAUGGCUUAACAGUAUCUUUCAAAAGGUUGACUGGAAGUUCUGUAUAAAAAGGCAUCUAAAACACCACUGCAAAUUUGCAGUGCAGUAUUAAGGGUGACAUUUAGAAAGAAAAUACAGAUGUACAUAAAAAGUGUAAUUAAACAGACAAUUGACAGAUGUUUGACCCUAGAAGUGACAUUUUUUUACAUAAAAAAUAACUAUUUUUAGAUAACUACUAGUAGUAGUCAUCUAAAAAGGACCUGACCCAGGUUAGAAAUGGGACGCUUUGGAGUGCACCACAGGCACUACUAGGGUCAAGGCUUACUUAGACUUUGGGUUUUCUUUAACUGAACCCCGAGCUGUAUUUAAUGAAGAAGAAAGUGAUUAUUUUGACUUCUGGGUCUAGAGUCUUGAAUUGUGAGCUGUUGUCAUGAGUGACUGCUUUUGUGGGUUUUUUUAAAUUCAAGAUUGUUGCACAAAGAUCUGUUUGCGAAGUGUAAAAGGGAAACAACUUUGUAUUGCUUCAAUUUGUUUGGUAUGAAGGUAUUAUAUUUUAGUACAGAGUGCUACACAUGAGCAGCCUUUUGCUAAGCUGUCUUUCCUUUGGAAUUCAUUUAGGCUGAACUUGUCUGGCUGUUAAGUAAAUUGCAGGUGUUAAGAAGCAAGUCUGUCUCGAUUGUUCUCUGAAGUCAUUUUGUACAUCUUUGUUUUCCAUCUGUUAAAAAAAAAACAAAAAAAAAAAAAAAACUGUACCAAUACUUUGGUUUUUGGUGUUU